GGCCAAACCGCGGCGAAUCAGGAGAAGGGCUGCGACAAGUGCUCGGACAACCUCCUGAUGUGCAACAAGCCCCAGUGCUGGCGAGACGCGGUCAACAUUACCUACCAGGAGGAGGCCACCGACGCCGACGACAGGUACUUCGAGUGGAUGCGGCUCGCGACCCAGGACCUGGGCUGCAACAGCCUGGUGGAGACGAGCGCCGGCCCCGUCGACAUGCUCGCCAGGAUCAACAGCAGCCUCGCGAGCGGCACCGUGAGCAGCGCGUGCAGGGCGUGGAACUGCAGGGUCGCGCUGACGGCAUUCCGGGGCGUGGCGGAGUGCGGCAGCCUCUGCAGCGCGGUGAACGCCACGGACGUGCCGCUGAUGGAGGCGUUCUGUGGCCUUCACGCCACAGGCCGUGGCGCUCUCGGCCGCUUCGGCGGGCGGGGAGAGGAGCGGGUAGAAGGUAUCCGGUGUCCUGACACCCUGGA